AUGUUGUCCGAUACGAUUGUGGAACAUAACGAAACAGCCUACGGACAAAAUCUACGAGGCUUUAAUGCUUUCAUGCCAAAUGCUUUUGGAUCUGAUCCAGCCCAGAUGGAACAAUAUUUCAAUCAAGUAUAUGUACGUGGUCCUGACCCACGAUUUCCACUUUCACCUGCUAUGAUUGCUGGUGCUGCCGCAUUCAAAGCAGUAAGAGCCCACGACGCACAUCUAAAAACUCCAUACGAUCGUUCCCACCACUCUGAAACGAUCAAUAGCAUACGCGUUAUCGCGGCAAAAGAAGCACAUUUACUAUUACAACAGCUCCCAUUACCACCAGACGUUGAUCCACAAACUGUUGUUCUGUCGGCAGAAGCUGGCGCACAUCGAUUAUUUGAUCAUGAACAUUAUUGA